AUGGACGAAACAAUUGAGCUGCCCCUCGCCAAAAGGCAGCGCAAGGAAGUGGUCACCACCAAAGAAAAGCCUCUUACUAGUUCCAGACUGUUUGCGCCCUUUAGAACUUUGGGACUGGUAUCACCGACCGCUGUUCCUUUCACUUCCGUUCCGCUGGGCAAGACAACCUUCCAGAUCACCACCUCCAUCGGCGAGACCUUGCACACUUAUGACCUACGGCGAGGCCUCAAUCUCGUGUUCUUAACUCGCCCCCAGUGUCCUGGCACAAUAACGGCCACCUAUGCCUACCGUGAUCGAGUGUUUGUAGCUUGGGGUGGAUUCCAGGCCAACGACCCUCGAGGAGUCUGGAUUUUCAAGAGAGGGCAGUUGAUCGGAGAAUUGGCUAUCGACGAAACCUACGCACAAGAGAUUCGGCAGCUACUCGUCUUUGGGUCAUGGAUCGUGGGUUGCGGAACAGAAAGCAUCGAAGUCUGGAAGGCUGAUUCGUGCGAACACUAUACUUCUAUCCUUUCUUCUUCAUACUCAAGCGAUAAACGAUCAAGGGGGUCAUUUACAGGCCAGGCCUGUACUCUGCCAACCCUGUUGAACAAGGUAUUUGUCGGCACGACACAUGGCUCGGUGGAGGUUUACAAUGUCAGUACGGGAAGACUGGUCCACGCAACUCUCGCCCCCUCCGCACGCUCCGGCGCUGUUACGGCCCUAGCUCCUGCUCCCGCCGUCUGCUUGUUGGCAAUUGCAUAUGCCGACGGCUCCCUCAAUAUCACGGAUGUCGAAGCGGACGAACAAGUGCUGGAACUGCGCCAGGGAAACAAUAAGAAACCGAUUACUUCAAUUACAUUUCGGACAGACGGAAUGGGCGCGGGCGAUGAUGGCCGGAAGGAGGGUAUGAUGGCAACAUCUAGCAUUGAAAGUGGCGACAUCACACUGUGGGAUCUCAAUCGUGGUGGAAAGGUUGUUGGAGUGGUGCGAGGCGCUCAUGAAACUUCUUCUCUGGGGCAGGGUACCGGUGUGAACAAAGUCGAAUUCCUCGCGGGACAAUCAGUCUUGGUCUCUUCCGGUUUGGACAACGCCCUCAAAUCAUGGGUCUUUGACCAGAAUCCUUUUUCACCCAUCCCACGACUCCUCCACUCUAGGAGUGGUCAUGCCGCGUCCAUCACUAGACUCAUGUUUCUACCUGCGGCUUCAGAUGGAUCAGACGCCGCUGGGAAGUGGCUCAUGUCCGCCGCUCAGGACAGGAGUCUAUGGGGAUUCAGUCUCCGCAAAGAUGGCCAAAGUACGGAGCUCAGUCAAGGCGCCGUGAAGCAUAAAGCUCGAAAAUCAGGUCUCCUUACCGACGACGCCUCCGCUGUGGAGGACUUUAAAGCGCCCCCAAUCAUUGACAUGGCCUGUUCACUCAAUCGAGACGGUGGAAUGGGCUCGGUCAGUGGGCCCAUUUGGUCCAAUACUAAAAGUGUCAAUGCGGAAGAAAUUAGUACGACUGGUUGGGAAAGUGUUAUCACGGCCCAUGCUGAUGACAAAUUUGCAAGAACAUGGUCCUGGGGCAGGAAGAAAGCAGGGAGGUGGGCCCUGGAAACGGGAGACCACAAGCCGGUAACCAGCGUUGCCAUCACUGCUUGCGGGACAUUUGCGAUUGUUGGGUCCGCAGGAGGCAGCCUCGACAUGUUCAACCUGCAGUCUGGCGCCCAUCGUCAACGGUACCCGCCUCGACUCACACCUACACAGUUGAAACAGUUGAAAUUACAAAACGCCGACCAAACCCAGAUCUUCACUGCUCCUCGUGGACAUCGGGAUGCGAUUACGGGUAUUGUGGUCGAUAACCUGAACCAGACAAUGGUUACUACUAGCUUGGAUGGUUCAAUUAUCUUUUGGGAUUUUUCGUCUGGCAGAGUCCUCGAACGAAAGACUCUCGAUUCAGCUGUGCCAACUGCAAUUCGAUACAAUCCGGUUUCCGGCCUCCUGGCUCUGUCCUGUGACGACCUAUGUAUACGCAUCGUUGACAUCGAAACACACAAAGUUGUGCGAGAGCUAUGGGGCUGCAUUGGUCAAAUAUACGACUUCUGCUUCUCACACGACGGGCGGUGGAUUACGGCUUGUUCCAUGGAUUCGGUUAUUCGUGUCUUCGAUCUUGCUACCGGUCACUUAAUCGACGCAUUCAAGACGGAUGCAACCUGUACCAAUGUGGCAUUCUCUACCACAGGAGAGUUUCUGGCCACUACGCAUGCUGGAAGCCCGGGGAUCUUCGUCUGGACAAACAAGAGCCUCUUCAGUCAUGUAGCCACGAGGCAAAUUGACGAGAUCCAGGGAGUCAUUGACUUGAGGCAGACAAAGGCGGCGUUCAACGCAGCAACUCAACUUGCCAUUGGAGAUGUAGACACAGAGGAGACUGCUGUCGUCGACGGGUUUGACGAGUCUUCGGCACUGGAGCAACUGGAUAAGCAGCUGCUGACUCUGUCGGUCCAACCUCAAUCCCGUUGGCAAACCCUGCUCAACCUGGACAGCAUCCGCGCGAGAAACAAACCUAUCCAGCCACCAGAGAAGCCCAAAGCCGCACCCUUUUUCCUGGGAUCGGCAAGUUUCACCAACGGCAGCAAGGUAGAUAACGAGACGUCUCUCGUCCCGGCCAAAGCCACUGAAGACUCCGAACGCUCACGCAUCUCCCAACUGGCGUCCACAAACCAGGCUCUCUCCCAGCAGUCUCUACAGCUGUCUUGCCUUCUCGAAACCUUCUCGUUGUCACCAUCUCCUGACCCGUCUCCCCUGACAGCCCAUCUCUCGUCCCUGCCUCCUUCGGCCGCUGACUUGGAAAUCCGCUCCCUGACCCUCGCCGAAAUGCCUCUCUUCGUCGAGUUCCUCACCCACCAGCUCCGCCAGCGAAAGUCCUUCGAACUGGUGAACACGUGGAUGAGCGUCUUCUUGAGGAUUCACGGCGACUUCGUCAGUGAGGUCGACGACCUACGGGCGAAAGUGGUCGAGUGGAGAAACGCGAUGGUCGAGGAGGAGACGAGGCUGAGUGAGUUGGUCGGGUAUACGAGGGGUGUUGUCGAGUUUUUGAGGAGUACGAGGUGA